ACCACAGGAAGUGACUUUGCUCAAGAAAGCCUCCAGACCCCAAAAGAAGAAUUUGUAACAUACUUAAAAUGUGUUCUCUAUGUUAAGUUUCGCAGAAAACUUUUCAGAAUUCACCUAAAACCUGAAACUGAAAUAGGAAAUUCUCACAGCGGUAGGCGUUUUAUUUUGCGUUUUCUAAUCAUGAGUAUGAUGAACUUAUAAAAGGAGGAAGUCAAUCAGCAAUUAAAGUAUUCCAUAACGAGAAUGUUAAAAUGUAGCAUUUUAGCUGUGGAAUCUGACAGAAGUAGAUUGCAGCUGUGGGGUAAGGCUCUAGAGGCAUUACUGUAUGUGCUGGUAAUUUCUGCUGGUGGACAAGUCUCUUAAUUAUUUCAUUUUUCUUUGCUGCUGCUGAGCUAGAGAUAGAUUUACUUGGGACUCGGUCUUGGAUUUUAAUACUGACACUUUUGCAGACAUUCAGUCAUAGUAGAACUUUAAAAUUAUGAGGAGACCCAAGGAGAUGUAACUAUGUUGACCUUGUAACUAGCACCGCUUGGGAGACUUUCAGUAAUCAUAAUCAAAUAUAUUACACAAUUUUUCCUAUAAUUGUGUAUAAAUAUUAAUGAGGAAGCUUCAAUUGUCUUGAAUUAUGACUCGCUGUAAACAAACCAAUUUAUUUUCUUUUAUUUGUUUUUCAGUGCAUUAGCAUUGCUUGGUUGGCAGUGAGUUACUCUGAAAGUUGUGCCACUUGCUAUUUUCCUACAGUUCUGCUUCAGCAGGUAAACUGAGGAAGAAAUGCAGGUCUGCUGUCCUUAAGGCACAACUUUUAAUCCAGUCACUGCUACUGGGCUAUUCUUAGGUUUCCCAGCUCUGAAGGUGUAAUAUUACCUAUGCCAGAAUAAUAUUACAUGUUAUCAGUAUACAGUCAAGGAUCAAAGGUCCAUAAUACAGUAUAGCCUAAGCAAUGUGUUGACUCUUCAGAAUCGUAAAUCAGGGAACUGAUUGCUUAUAGCUUAUGGGGACUGCAUUCAGACACGUGCCCACAUGUCACAAGUACCUUUGUGCACCGGCUGACUAGAAAGUCAGAGGUCCCAGAGGGUGUGUGAUCAUCAAGUCAUUUCUCUGUGAACCGGGAUCACCAGAAGCUGCAAAGCCUAUGAGAGCAGGUGAGUGGAGUGUUGCUCUAGUGCUUCCAGGAACUGGAAAGGAAGAUGAGAGGGGUGGAGGUCAGUCCCGCAUGUUUCAGACCUUUUCUUUACAGAGCCUGAAAGUGCACUUCACUUACAUCAGCUUUUUAUUUUUUUUAACAUGCAACUUCAGAGCAGAAAUUUGACAUGGAUUGUGCAUUUUAAGAACCAUGGCAGGGUCCUCCUCUUCUUCCAAAUUCCUUCUCUAGAGGUGCUUUUAGUGCAAAUCAGGAGAAACAAGUCAGCUGUUACCAGCUGGGGACACUUGGAAAAGUUUAUUUUUAAGAUGCAAUGAAGCUGUGUGUCAAAUGCCACCAGGACUACUCCUUCCAGUCUGAGUGACUGCUGAGUACUUAGAGGCAAUACUCACACCUUGAGUUUGUUCAUCCUUCAUUAGACGUCAGCAUAGUCUGAGCACCAUGUCCAAUACACAAUUUUCAGUACUGUAAGCAGUUAUUACUGUAGUAAUUAAGCUGUUAAUUACUUUUAAGAGAAUCUUAAUGUUCCAACUCAGUUCUUAAAAAGUUGUUGUCAGCUCAUGUAGGGUGAAACGUGAGGACUAAAGGCGCUGUCCUGUGUCCCCGAUCAGCCUUCCAACUCACAGACAAUCUCCAUUUAAGAGACUACAUGAGAGAUAAAUUGCACUGGUCCCAGGGAGCGGGAGGAAAGUCGAUAACCUAAAUAGCUUCGUCUCCUUAAGCAGGUCAGAGUCUCUCUGGCUGCUACCCAGUCUGGAUGAAAUAGUUCAACUGGGGUGAAUCAGAACCACUGACCCACUGCCGCUACACACGUCUGCAGACCUGCUGCAUUUUGGCAGAGGUUUCAUUCUGACCUAUCUCUGUGGAACAUCCCUCUUGCCUUAUCAGGCUAACCCUCUGGCAAGGUCAGAGUAGGUUGUGGUAUUUUUUUUCGUAUAUCAAUUACGUAUUUUUUCCUUCUGGUGAAGCCAGUUACAGAUGUCUUCUGCAAGUAUGAUCCCUACAGUUCAGUGCUUGUGUGCUGCCUUGCUCUCCUGCUUGUCCUGAUACAACGUCAUGGGAGGAAUGUCUGAUAGAGAUAACAUAAAGAAGGAAACAUUUCAUAAAAUGUGAUGCUCUGUGCUCUACAUUUCACAGAAGUGGCAGCUCACCCUAACUGAACUCCUCAGUCUGUCAGACUGGGAAGCCCAUUCUUGCAUAAGAACACAAGGCUAAUCCCUGAGCAUCCUCAUAAGAGCCUUUUUUGUGCCAUUAAUAGUGCAUGGUGCUCAAGGCUUUUUUUUCCUCAAGUAAUGCUUCGUCUACUUUGUCUCCUCAAGGCCUGCUUGCUAUCAUUCAGAUAUCUGUGUGUACAUAAAAGCUUACACAACAUGAACAUUUAUGUAUAUACUGUUUAUAUAUUUAUCUGCACACAUACCUACAACGUCAUAUACAUGUGCAUAUCUACUGUAGGCCGAUACAAAAUCAUGGCUUUUUGCCAAAGCAAUGUGUGUGCAAGCCAGCUGUCCUCGAAGGUAGAUGCUUGAAAUGUCCUGCUGCUAGGUGUUUGUUUGGUGGUACUUCAAUUAGAACUAAAUUUCUGAAGUUUUGAGGUCAGGCCAUCCAUCGUGCUGUAGUGGACCCAUUGUUUCAGCUUCUGGAAGGAGCUUUUGGUGUCAGUGGUUUCCAUUUGAAGAACAUUUUCUCACUCUGCAUUUUCUCAGAGCGAUAGAGUAGUAUUUUUUCCUACUAUGCUAAUUUGUAUGACAGGAUUUCAUUCUACCUCAUGAAACUACUUUGUAGUUCAGCCAUUUUGAUUACUUCUUUGACAGGUUUAUUGCCUUGAUGACAUUUAUUAGUCAUGUGCUCCAUAUAGAGAGAACAUCCCACAGGACCUAACUAAAUAACAGCAGUUCCACAGUUUUGCUGUGAAAGUUCACACAUGUGGAUUCUGUUGCUCCCUGAAAAAAGGUAUGAAGUGGGUCACAGUAUUUUUUACGAAGCUGUUCUGUUCUACGUGGGAAAGGUAACUACCCAGUGACUUGCCUUUACACACAACUGUGAAGUUGUGUGGCCUCAGUAAACAGCCGGCCCAGAUGCAGCAAAUUGGCCUUUCAUUUCUCUGUGGUUCCAAGUAUCCUAAGAAAAUGUAAUGGAGACAAAUCUAGUUCACCUUGUUUAUUCAAGAAACCCCACACAGUUCAUGUGGUUGUUUGACUUUCCAAAUUAGCUCUGGUAAUAUUUAUUUUUACCUAAUUUAGAAGAUAUGAGAUCAUUUAAUAUACGGUGCAAUACAAUUACUGGAUGUUACUAGUGUAACUUCUUCAGUGAAGGGUAGAAGUUUGAAAAUGGUUACUAUUUCUAAUCUAAGUAGCUCCAAAUUCAUCUCACUGUAGCUUUUCAAGUAUCUGUAAAAUAGAAAAAAAAAGUUUUGUUUUUAAGUUGUCAUCUUGGGCUGUUACACAUCUAUGGAGACCAGGUUACUGGCAUAGAUUGUGUUGAGAAGGAUGAAACUGUAAGAAAAUAAUGUGGUUUCCAGGUUGGCUUGUGCUGUCUUCACCUUGCAUCUGAAGCUGUGCUAUAUCACAAAUGGGAGCACAGCUAUGUAGUUGUUUCCAGGAUGGUGUGCAUGAAUACUGAUUUCAAAAAGGAAGUGAGCUAAUGAUGAGGUGCUCAAAUGUAGAUCAGAAUUUUCCCAUCCUUCAAAAAAUGGGGAUGGAAAGGCUGGACUUCUGUCAUCAGUGUGGCCUGAAUCUGUGCUUGUGUCUCAUGGGACAAGGAUGGGGAAGUUCCCGGUAGGAAGUUGCUCUGAUUCUUGAUGAACUUCUACUUUGCAAAAGCUGUUACUGUUUAUUCAUGGUUUAUAAAGCUUGUGCUAGAAAAAAAAAAAUAAAUGGAGCUCUAACAUUUCUACUUUGCCUUUUAAGUUUAAUUUUAAAUCUUACUUCUUUGUAAGGGCUGAGAACUAUUAAAAAAAUAACUGCUUAAUGUAGGCUAGAACAAGAAGGGCUGUUCUGUAAUUAAGCCUGCUGAAUUUGUAUUCAUUUACACUAAUCUAAUUAUUACUUUCUUUGAAUGCUCUGCUAUGAGUCAAAAUAAGCUAGUGCUGGAUUUGAGAACCGCAGAAUGAGAAAAUGCUGCAAGGAGGAGCACUGGAUGGGGUCUACAGGCUGGUGCAGUUUCACAUUCACUGGGGAUCCUGCGAGGGCCAAGGGUCUGAGCACACCGUGGAUGGUGUGAAGUAUGAUGCAGAGCUCCAUAUUGUUCACUGGAAUGUAAAAUAUGGUAAAUUUGCUGAAGCUGUGAAGCAUCCUGAUGGUUUGGCUGUGGUGGGCAUCUUCAUGAAGGUAGGAAAUGCCAAGCCUGAAAUACAGAAAGUUGUGGAUGCUCUGAACUCCAUUCAAACCAAGGGGAAGCAAGCUUCCUUCACAAACUUUGACCCCACUGGACUGCUUCCUGCAUGCAGAGACUACUGGACAUACCCUGGCUCACUGACCACCCCACCACUGCUUGAAUGUGUCGUCUGGCAUGUUCUGAAGGAACCCAUCACUGUCAGUCCGGAGCAGAUGUGCAAACUCCGUGGCCUUUGCUUCAGUGCUGAGAAUGAGCCCGUGUGCCAUAUGGUUGACAACUGGCGUCCAUGUCAGCCCUUGAAGAGCAGAGAAGUCAGAGCUUCCUUCCAGUAACCUCAGCGCCGAGGCCAUUAGAAGUUGCUGUGUUUGUGAGGAGCCCCUUUUGCUAAGCACAAAUCAAACCUUUGCCUCGUGUGCCCUGGCAACAUCUUGUUUCCCAGAUUUGUUCUUUGUUUCUUUCACUUUGCAUCUAAAAAGCCAGCUAAUUAAAUGUGAAAGGCUCUUGGCCAAAUAGGAAAGGGUUCUUAAGGUGUGGGGUUGGGGGAGGUAUUGAGGGGUGGCUGUGUGCUUUUUGGUGACUAUUACUGUGACUGACACUUGGGUAUAACAUGUCAAACAGCAUGUUGGCUACUUGGGAGCGGAUGUGAAUAGUGAAAUAAGCCAUUUUAAGAAACCUCAUCUGUUGGUGUGAUAGUACACAUAACUAACAAUAACUUGAAGCUUUGUGAAAAGCACAGGAAUACAGAAUCUAGAUAUGCUUUAGGAAAAAAAAAGUAUUUUUAGAAAGUAAAGCAAAAUGAAUAUUGAGAAUUAGAGUUCUUAGAUUUUAAGAAACUGACAUGUAAAUAUUUUUGAGACCGUUUUACAUUUUUACCCAUGUUAUCAACAACCUUGACUAUGUCUUAAUAGUAGUAUUGGAUUUUUUUAAUUAAAAAUGUUCUAAGUUAAGUAUUAUCUCUAAAAGUUGUUAUUACCAUAGGAAUAAUACAAAAUAUCUUUUCAAUGAAAUAAUAUAUGCUCUAAUUUAAACAGGAAAAUAAUAUUGUAUUUUAGAUAACUUCUCUAAUAAAUCUAUACUUAUA